AUGGCCGCCAACAGGGACGAAGUCGACGCUGUCGCCGCCACUCAGAGCAAGGGCGGCGACGACGUCGAUCACAUUGAGAGCGGCCCCAAGGAUGGCAUGAUGGCCGAAACUGCCCGCGUGCUCGAUCCGGUCGCUGAGCGGAAGCUCGCCUUCAAGUUUGACAUCCGUCUGCUGCCUGUCUUGGCCGUCAUGUACCUCUUCAACGCUCUCGACAAGGGUAAUCUGAGCAACGCCCAGACCAACGGCCUCAGCAAGAAUCUCAACUUCAAGGAUGGCCAGUACAAUCUCGUCGUGUCCAUCUUCUUCGUCCCCUUCGUCGUCUUCGCGCCGCCCCUGGCCAUGCUCGGCAAGAAAUACGGCCCUGCGCGCUCGCUCCCGGUCAUGAUGUUCACAUUUGGUACCAUGACGCUGUGCACCGCCGCGACGCAGAACUUUGGUGGCAUCUUUGCCGUCCGUUGGUUCCUGGGCAUGGCCGAGGCCGCCUUCUUCCCCAUGGUCAUCUACUAUCUGACCACCUUCUACCGCCGUGGCGAGCUCGCUCGUCGUCUCGCCAUCUUCUACGCCGCGUCCAACAUUGCCAACGCCUUCAGUGGCCUGCUGGCAUUUGGCGUCUUCCACAUCAAGAGCCAUAUGUUUGCCUGGCGCUACCUCUUCCUUAUCGAGGGCUCCAUCACCGUGCUCUUCGCCAUCUUUGCGUUCUGGUACCUCCCCAAGAGCGCCGCAGAGGCCAAGUUCCUGAACGAGGAGGAGCGCGCUCUUGCUUUCCACCGCAUUCAAGUCGAUUCGUCGUCCGUCGUUGCCGAGGAGUUCAACCUGCGCGACUCGCUCAAGGUCUUCACCUACCCGUCCUCGUACGCCUUCCUCGCCAUCGAAGUCUGCCUGGGCGUGCCGCUCCAGUCCGUCGCGCUCUUCCUGCCGCAGAUUAUCCAGCGCCUGCAGUACUCGACGGUCAAGACCAACCUGUACACUGUGGCCCCCAACGUCACCGGCGCAGUCAUGCUCCUCGUGCUCGCCUUUGCGUCCGACUUUGUGCGCCUCCGUGCCCCGUUCAUCGUCCUGGGCUUCGCCUUUACCCUCACCGGCUUCGUCAUCUACGCGGCCAUCACCGACGUCACGGAGUCGCUGCAGCUCGCCUACUUUGCCACCUUCAUGAUGUGCUGGGGUACGUCGGCGCCUUCGGUGCUCCUCUCCACGUGGUACAACAACAAUAUCGCCCACGAGGGCCGUCGUGUCACGCUCACGUCGGUGGGCGUCCCGCUCGCCAACGUCAUGGGCCUCGUCGCGAGCAACAUCUUCCGGGAGCACGACGCCCCCAAGUACCUGCCUGCGCUUAUCACGGCGGCCUGCUUCGGCGCCGCAGGUGCCACCAUCGCAGGCCUCCUGGGCCUGUACAUGUUUUUCGACAACAAGCGCCGCGACCGCAAGGCCGGCGUCAAGAUUGACGCGCGGGAUAUUCCCACGCAGCGGUUGCGUGACGGGCCGAGCGUGCCCGAGUUUCGGUGGUUCCUGUAG